AUGUCAAAUAUUUUUAUUUUACAAUUUUGUAGCUUUGGUGUCUUUGCAAAGCUUCCGCAUAAAGCAGGAGACAUGGUUAUUGAAUAUAUAGGAGAAGUAGUCAGACCACCUAUAGCUGAUAAACGGGAGCGUUGUAUAUACAAUUCACUAGUGGGUGCUGGAACAUAUAUGUUUCGUCUAGAUUCGGAGCGUGUCAUUGAUGCUACUAAAGCUGGAAGCAUAGCUCAUUUAAUUAACCACUCAUGUGAACCUAACUGUUUUUCAAGGAUAAUCACUGUUAACGAUGAUCUACAUAUUAUUAUAUUUGCGAAACGGGACAUUAACAUAGGGCAAGAAUUGACUUAUGACUAUAGAUUCUCUUCUGAGGAUGAACGACUUGUCUGCUACUGUGGCUCCCAAAGAUGUCGUGGAGUUGUUAAUGAUAUUGAAUCAGAUGAGCAAAAGGCUAAAAGUUUUGUUUCAUGAUGUGACUUGGUUCCUUGGAUGGGAGAAUGAGAGCAAAGUAAGAUUUUGUCUUUUUAUUGAUUUAAUUAAAGAGCAUCCAUCUGAAGUAUGCAGAUAGUUCUGCUUCUCGAUGGAGGAAUUUGCUCCUGAACUUUCUUCUGUAUUAGUGUGAAUAUGUUGUUGGUUUUGUUAAUUGUAUUCUGAAGUUGGUAUAAAGAAUACUUGAGUUUUCAGAAGAA